ACUAGUCCUACCCAGAGUCCAAAGCGCGUAUGUCUAAUCCAAGUGGCGGACUUCCUUGACGGCCAAGGAAAUUAAACCUUCCGCCCCUGAACGCUUCUGCCCUGUUUCUUUUUCAGAGCUCGAGGGAGAGGUAGGCUCUGGCGACGAUGGACGAAGGGGAUGAUGCCGAUUUGCUUGCUCUGCUUCAGUCGCUGGUUGAUCCUCCCGAUUGCCCUCCCAUGUCUUCCGUCCCCUCUGUCGGGUUUCUGGUCGAUCCUCCAGAUUGCCCCUCCAUGUUUUCCGUCCCCUCUUUCGGGUUCCAGCAAGAAUGUACCCUGACAGAAGCAUGUUGGGCCGAAACUGUGGGCAGUAAUUCAGUAAUCGGGACCGGAACCCCACCGGAAAGGGCGGUAUUGAGCUACUAUUUGUCGGAUGAGACCGGUGGAGAGGUUUGGAUGGGUUUUAACCCUAGCUACAACGGCGAAUCGUCCAACGGAAGGAUUCCCGUAGAUUCAUCGCCGAUCGACGGCGAUGAACGGCUUCCCUCAAGGUUCGCUGAUCCUCAACUUGGUGCGGUAGAUGGCUUCGUCGCGGGGGAGGUCGACGAAAAGAAGGAGAAUCGGGAAGCCGCUGAGGAUCUCGUUGUGGGAUCGCUGCGCCUUCCUCCCGAUGAUCCGCCAAGUUCUUCACCGUGGCCCGACCUCGAAGUUGUUGAUCUGUUCGUGGAUCCACCGGAGAAAGGAACUAAAUGCGUCUUACCUGCGAAGGACGAAGGCGAUUCGGAUUAUUUGAUUAAGAAACGCAAAAGGCAGAUGAGGAACAGAGACUCGGCGUUGCGGUCAAGGGAGAGGAAGAAGACGUACGUCAAGGAUCUGGAAAUGAAGAGCCGGUUCCUCGAGUUCGAGUGCCGGAGGCUCCAGCAGGCGCUUGCGCUUUGCUGCGCGGAGAACCAUGCCCUCCGUGUUCGCGCCUUCAGCUUGGAAGCCUCCACGGCCAGACAGGAGUCUGCUGUACUCCGUACGGAAUCCCUGCCGUUGGAUUCCCUGCUCUGGCUCGUGGCGCUCGUCUGGAGGGUGUUUCUUCCCCUGAACGCCCGAUCCUCCGAGGAGGGAGGCGUCGGCGUGGAAGAAGGGAAAAGGAGAACAUCGGCUCCCGUUGCCCCGACAAAACGGGUGAUAAAUGAACGACUGUUCGGAUCUAGGUUGGUGCUUCUCAGGCGCCGUUGCAGAGCCGCGAGGAAGAAGAUGAAAGGGUUCAGAGACUUCGCCGUCCGGCAGUGUAUCCUUGGGCUUGGCUUUUUCUUAGCAGCUUUUGUUUCCUUCUGUUUCUUUUGAUGUUGAUGGAAGUUUAUUUUGAGAAUAAAACAAAAGGGUAGAUAAUCAAUUGCUCCUUAUCGUUAAGGAUAUCGUAGUUGUAAAGUUUUGCACCCAUAUGUUGCCCUUUGUCGUGUAAUAUAAUCCCCAUUUACUUA